CUUGUACUUCCACACUCUGGCAGUUACCCUUGUCGCCCCUCUGCAGGAUGGGGCACCGGGAGAGGCCUGGCAGCGGAGCUGGGGUUGGGGCAGGGGCCAAAAGCCAACAUCACAGACGCUUUGACCACCAGCUGGCCUAAUGUGGGGACGUUGGUCCUUCUUCCUCUUCUUCUUGGGACAGGUGGGGAAACUGAGGUCUGGAGUGAGGAAGGGCCUUGCAUUGAUCACAUAGAAAGUCAGUCAGAGCUGCAGUCAGAGCCCAGUUAUCCUUGCUGCCAGCGAGGGCUCCUCCACUCCGGGCUGCCGCCUUUCCUGAGAGGAAUCCGAGGGCCCAUUGGCAUCAAGGUCAGGGAUGUGCUUUCUCCUCUUCUGUGGAAGGCACCUCUGAGGGGGGUCCCCUGCCUGCUGUGGGGUCCCUGGGCCUGGGGCAGAGCAGGGAAAGACAUCCUCUUCCAGAGGGUCAGAAGGUAGGGUCUGGUGGCUUCUGGCAAGGGACAUGGUAAGAAGGAGGCCUGGAGGCUUCCCGGAACGUGCUUGGUGGCUCAGGGUGCCCUAGGGCCCCCCUCCCUCCCAGGGAGGGGACUGGGCCGACAGUAAUGCCAUUUGUCCUGGCUCUGGGAUUAGGUGCGGCUGUGUUAAGUGAGGAGUGCGGAGCCAUUAAGAGGGCACGGCGAAGGGAAGUGGAGCUGAGCUGAGCGGCUGCUGUCUGGAGCUCUGCCUGGGCCCCAGGGGCCCCACCGAGCGAGCGGCAUGCGGCACCCCCGGGCCUGCCCAGUGUCCUUCGGCCCACUACCCAGCCCCCCCAGGAGGCCCUGACGCCCUGGGGCACUUCUGCUGUGCACAGGACCACGUGGGGGUUUGCCAUGGUGACAUAAAGGGGCGCGGAGGAAGGAAGGAGCGCAACCAGCCGCGGACUGCGCCCCUGGCUGGGAGGAAGGGCCGGGCCCGGAUCCUCCUCUCCCGCUGCCCACUGCGGACCUUGCUUGCUGAGUCUCUGUGAAUUUGUUGGUCAGUGGACGACUCGGGUGUCUCCUCCUGCGUGGGGCCCUGGGGUGGCCAGGGCAGGCAGGGCCUCUGGUGGCCGAGGUCUCCGGGGCCAGGAUGCCCGCCCUGGCACGCCUCCGCAGGCUGUGUCGGCACGUGUCCCCGCAGGCUGUCCUUUUCCUGCUGUUCAUCUUCUGCCUGUUCAGCGUUUUUGUCUCGGCCUACUACCUAUAUGGCUGGAAGCGGGGCCUGGAGCCCUCGGCAGAUGCCCCCGAGCCUGACUGCGGGGACCCGCUGCCUGUGGCCCCCAGCCGCCUGCUGCCGCUCAAGCCCAUACAGGCGGCCACCCCCUCACGUACGGACCCAUUGGUGCUGGUGUUCGUGGAGAGCCUGUACUCCCAGCUGGGCCAGGAUGUGGUGGCCAUCCUAGAGUCCAGCCGCUUCAAGUACCGCACAGAGAUCGCACCCGGCAAGGGCGACAUGCCGACGCUCACUGACAAAGGCCGCGGCCGCUUCGCCCUCAUCAUCUAUGAGAACGUCCUCAAGUACGUCAACCUGGACGCCUGGAACCGGGAGCUGCUGGACAAGUACUGCGUGGCCUACGGCGUGGGCAUCAUCGGCUUCUUCAAGGCCAAUGAGAACAGCCUGCUGAGUGCGCAGCUCAAAGGUUUCCCCUUGUUCCUGCACUCGAACCUGGGCCUGAAGGACUGCAGCAUCAACCCCAAGUCCCCGCUGCUCUACGUGACCCGGCCCAGUGAGGUGGAGAAGGGAGUGCUGCCCGGCGAGGACUGGACCGUUUUCCAGUCGAACCAUUCCACCUACGAGCCAGUGCUGCUGGCCAAGACGCGGACGUCCGAGUCCAUCCCGCACCUGGGUGCGGACGCCGGCCUGCACGCCGCGCUGCACGCCACCGUGGUCCAGGACCUGGGCCUCCACGACGGCAUCCAGCGCGUGCUGUUUGGCAACAACCUCAACUUCUGGCUGCACAAGCUCGUCUUCGUCGACGCCGUGGCCUUCCUCACGGGCAAGCGCCUCUCGCUGCCUUUGGACCGCUACAUCCUGGUGGACAUCGAUGACAUCUUCGUGGGCAAGGAGGGCACACGCAUGAAGGUGGAGGACGUGAAGGCCCUGUUUGAUACGCAGAAUGAACUACGCACACACAUCCCAAACUUCACUUUCAACCUGGGCUACUCAGGGAAAUUCUUCCACACAGGUACCGACGCUGAGGACGCAGGGGACGACCUGCUGCUGUCGUACGUGAAGGAGUUCUGGUGGUUCCCCCACAUGUGGAGCCACAUGCAGCCCCACCUCUUCCACAACCAGUCCGUGCUGGCCGAGCAGAUGGCCCUGAACAAGAAGUUCGCUGUCGAGCACGGCAUUCCCACAGACAUGGGGUACGCGGUGGCACCCCACCACUCGGGCGUGUACCCUGUGCACGUGCAGCUGUACGAGGCCUGGAAGCAGGUGUGGAGCAUCCGCGUGACCAGCACGGAGGAGUACCCCCACCUGAAGCCCGCCCGCUACCGCCGUGGCUUCAUCCACAACGGCAUCAUGGUCCUCCCGAGGCAAACCUGUGGCCUCUUCACACACACCAUCUUCUACAACGAGUACCCUGGUGGCUCCAGCGAGCUGGACAAGAUCAUCAACGGGGGCGAGCUCUUCCUCACCGUGCUUCUCAAUCCCAUCAGCAUCUUCAUGACGCACCUGUCCAACUACGGGAACGACCGUCUGGGCCUGUACACCUUCAAGCACCUGGUGCGCUUCCUGCGCUCCUGGACCAACCUCCGGCUGCAGACGCUGCCCCCGGUGCAGCUGGCCCAGAAGUACUUCCAGAUCUUCUCCGAGGAGAAGGACCCGCUCUGGCAGGAUCCCUGCGAAGACAAACGCCAUAAAGACAUCUGGUCCAAGGAGAAGACGUGUGACCGCUUCCCAAAGCUCCUCAUCAUUGGCCCCCAGAAAACAGGCACCACGGCCCUCUACCUGUUCUUGGGCAUGCACCCCGACCUCAGUAGCAACUACCCCAGCUCAGAGACCUUUGAGGAGAUCCAGUUUUUUAAUGGCCACAACUAUCACAAAGGCAUCGACUGGUACAUGGAGUUCUUCCCUAUUCCUUCCAACACCACCUCCGACUUCUACUUUGAGAAAAGCGCCAACUACUUUGAUUCGGAAGUGGCCCCCCGGCGGGCAGCUGCUCUGUUACCCAAGGCCAAGGUCCUGACCAUCCUCAUCAACCCGGCAGACCGAGCCUAUUCCUGGUACCAGCACCAGCGAGCCCACGAUGAUCCAGUAGCCCUAAAGUAUACCUUCCAUGAGGUGAUCACGGCUGGGCCCGAUGCAUCCUUGAAGCUGCGUGCCCUCCAGAACCGCUGUCUGGUUCCCGGCUGGUACGCCACCCACAUGGAGCGCUGGCUCAGCGCCUUUCACGCCAACCAGAUUCUGGUCUUGGAUGGUAAACUGCUGCGAACAGAACCUGCCAAAGUGAUGGACACAGUGCAAAAGUUCCUUGGGGUGACGAACACCAUUGACUACCAUAAAACCUUGGCGUUUGAUCCAAAGAAAGGAUUUUGGUGCCAACUGCUCGAAGGAGGAAAAACUAAGUGUCUGGGCAAAAGCAAGGGCCGGAAGUACCCAGAGAUGGACUUGGAUUCCCGUGCCUUCCUGAAAGAGUAUUACCGGGACCACAACAUCGAGCUUUCCAAGCUGCUAUACAAGAUGGGCCAGACACUGCCCACCUGGCUGCGGGAGGAGCUCCAGAACACCAGGUAGCCUCAGCCCCCACAGUGACAUUGAAUGUGACAGCAGGGAUGUCCCACCACACGCUGAGCCAGACUGAUCUACAGAGUGGGGAACCAGGCCUGGGCUGGCCAAGCACUUCUGAGCAAUACUCUGCUGUGUCCCGGAAAGGGCCGGGAGGAGAGCCCGGGCAGUCCACAGGCACCUCAGAGCAUCCAGUGCUGGGUCUGUGGCCGGUAGGACCUCUACAGCCACCAGAGGUCCCUUCCACUCCCAGCGUUUCGUGGGGAGGCCACUGCCUGCUGGUGGAAGGCCACUCGCUGGUAGGAGGGAGCCCUCAAGACUCUUCUCCCCUCAGUGUGUUCUACCACCCAUACCCAGUCCUUCAGCCCAUCACUUCCUGCUCCAGCAGGGUGUCCCCUGGGUAUUAGGUGCCAUAUCUUACCUGUCGUCCAGAGGAUAAGAGAAAAACAGCCCAGCAGGGCCUUUUGCCAAGCCGGGGAGAGACUGGACAUUUCCCUGACUGUUUUGAGCCAGGCCCUUCCGCAGCAUCAGCUGGGCACCGAGUCGGUCACUAGGCUGGAUGUAAGGGCGGUCACCUCAAGAGAACUCUGGACCUCCACCCACAUUCUGGUUCCUACCUUCGCAUCUCCCCUUCCCUCCGUGGGGAGAGAAUCGCUGGUUCCUACAGUAUCCAGCAGUCCUCCAGGCCUCCUUCAGGGCCCUGGGGCACUGUCAUGCCAUUUGGACCCAGAGACCCAGGUCUCAACUCUUUCCCCCAUUCCUCCCCCUGGGAUAUGACAUGUGUGGUGUUUCCUGUGGUAAAAGACGGAGGCGGUCGUGGAGUCUGCCGUGUCCAUGUCGCAGUGUUCAUCCGCUGUCCCGCAGCCCACCCAGCCUUGGCCCUGGCCGAUACGGGGCAGAGUGGGUGAGACCGCCCUCCCUGCCCUGCCCCAGCUGCCUGUGGCCGAGGGUUCCUAGAGACCCCCUUAACUUCCCCAGUAAUAAGAAGCUAAAGUUUAAUAUUUUUUUCUUGGUGCCAGAGUUUAUACCCUGGGUUCUGGGGUCACACUGUGUUACAUAUAUAUAGUGUAUAUAUAUAUUAUAUUUUUUUUUUGGUUAGGUUUGUUUUUAAUUCAGUCAUACAAAAUGGUGGCAAGCCCCAGUCCCAAAGGGUAUCUUAUCUCAGUGCUGGAGUUUGAGGUGGAAGCGGGGAGGGCGUGCCCGCAUGCGGUGGGACCUCGAGGAGACAGUAUGGGAGGGCCCUGAGACAUCUCGGUUCCUCUCCCAAGUGCCAUGGCCGUCCCGGGGCUACCCUAGGCGAACAGAGCCCGUGAGAUGCAGAGGGGAAGACUUACUCUCUCUAGGAAAGCUGGCUGCGUGAAGCGCAGUGACCCUGGGUGACUUUUGGCCAAAGGAAAUAACCGGGCUGGAGUGGGAGAUCCCAGGGCCAAAAGCUAGCCUGUUCCCCUCCCCCCGACAUGGUGCUAGGUUGGGAGCUACCCUCGGAGCUGGGAGGCCCCUGGGACCCAGAGACUGUCUCGAGGCCCCCCUGCAGACAAGGGGAACUCCAGGCUAUUUUCUGGUUGGGGCUUGCUCCUACCCCUCCCCUCAUCUUUUAACAAUGUCAAGUGACUGAGGCUGGGGUGCCUGUCCCCAGCCCCUCCCACUUCCAGUUCAGCUUGGAACUGACACCCACGAAGUGGUUUCUAGAGAGCCUUGUCUUAUUCAGAAGACUCUAGUGUGUUGGGGCUGGAGGGUCCUUCAACGAACGGGUAUAGACAUAGGUCUGGAAAGGGGAGGUGGUCCUGGGCUGAGAUUGGGAGCAGGGCCAAGAAUUGAACUGGAGUCUCCCGAUUCUGAGUCUAGUACUCUUCUGCCAAUGCCACACUGCCUCAGAGCCCAUCCUUGGGACCCUACUCUGUGCCAGGUUUCCUGUCCCUCCCUCUGUCACACCCUCGGUCAUUCCAGGAUAUGGGGACAAACCACUCCUUCCCCUCCAGGGUGCCUUUGAACCUUCUCAGUUCCAGAUCUGAGUUUGUGUCCCUGUCACGCUCUCCCUCGUCACAAGGUCCUUCCCCAGCCUGGGAGCCUGGCUCAGUCUUAGUUCCCAGCUUCUGCACUGGGAUGAAGCAGUGGGUCAGAUGCUCCACAGGGCCAGCUGGGGAGGGUUCCAUCGUCCCACCAGAGAAGUGUCUCCAUCGUGCUUCUCAUUGGGGCCUUAGAGCCCGGGAACCCUGGGCGCUGCCGACACGGCAGGGGAGGAGGAGCCAGUGUCAGAGGACAGGGCGCCAUGCCUGCAUGUACGUCCACCAAGGCUUACCUGCACCAGGACCAGACUCCCAGCGUGGGCAGCAGCGCCCACGGUGCACAUCCCAGGCCUCACUUAAUCUUCUGUCACCGCGGGGCUCGGGCUCCGUGACCUGCAAGAACCUUACACCUCCCACCUUCUGAAAUCUUCGCUCCGGGCCUGGACACCUGCCCCCGUCUCUGUGGGCUCAGAAUGCCACGUCGGCAGGCAGGCCCACCUCCCUAGGCCUCUGGUCUGAAGGAGGAACACGCAGGUUUGAGGCCCCUGGGGAGCAGAGGAAACACUGGGGAUUUUUGUCCAGGCCCUUCUGGGAGGCUGGGGACUUGACCUGUCACAUAUUCUAAGUCUGUCUUGUCACUGCUACUUCUUCCCUGCCCGCUAUCGAAUCUGUCGAGGACCCACCGCCAGGACCUGUAGGUGCUGGGGAGGGAGAGAGACACAAGUCCUUCUAGGAGCUCUCAGCUGCUGAGCACACAGAUCCCCUCACGGGAGGAGAAAGCCAGAGGUCAGUGGGGGCGGCGGCAUCAGCACGGUCAGUGGUCACCAAGUCACUGUCUGGUCCAGAAAAAAUUAUAGGAGAGAAGGAGCUUCAACAGCGUAGAUGACUCUCCCAUCCCUUCUGCCAUCUCCUCCACACACCUUUGCCCUGGGGAGGCCCAGGGGGGCUGUGUCUCCUGUGCUGCCUCGGUCACUCGGGGCUCUAGAGCUGCCCACGCCGUGGGCGUCCUGCCCUCGGAGGAGAAGUCUGAGGCUUAAAGCUGCGUCUCUUCUGAGCCCCUAAGUGGGAGUGGCCGGUGCCCCCGGGGCCCAGCAGAGGAACCCGGGGUCUGUUCCCAGUAGCAGAAAAACUGCUGCACGGACCCACAGAGAUGGGUGGUCCCCACAUCAAGUGGUCCCCACAGGUUGGUUAGUGGCAAAAACAAGUAAAUGUUGUACCAGAUACUUUAUAAUGAACUUCCACUACCCACUGUUUAGCCGUAACGUAUUGCCGCCUUCAUCUUUCUCUCUCCGUACAUUUUUUCUGAACUAGUUUAAAAGUUGCAAGUACCAUGAGACUUCACCCCAAAUGCUUCAAUGUGCAUCUCCUUAGAUUUGGGACUUUCUCCUACAAUUGGCCCAUUUAUCACCCCAGACAACAGUGAUUUCCCCACAACAUCUGCUCUUCAGUCCACAUUUAAAUUCCACCCCCGCCCCAAACUUACACCUGCUUUUGGAAUCAGGAGCUAGUUGAGGUACACACGUUGCAUCUUGUAAUUUUGUUUUCUAAAAUCUCUUGAGAGGCUGAAAAGUUUCCCUUCUGCUCACUUUGAUUUUUAAAAUGACAUUAUUUCUGAGGUGAGCGGGCUGCUGUCCUGUGGAAAUCCCACCUUCUGGAUGUGUCUGUUUCUUCACGGUGUCAUAAAGCACGUUCCUCUGACCCUUGUACUGGCGAGGGUAAUUCAGGCUGUGUGACUUUUUACCAUUUGUACUGACUUGAGAACGCCAGCCUAAGAUGCCCCCCUGCUGUCACCUGCGCCGAGUGCCAAAGCAGCAGAGGGGCGGGCCGGAGCUCCCGGAGAGGGCGGGGGAGCCAGCAUCUCAGCUGGGCCUGGGAGGAAGGGCCACGGAGAGUCAGGAAAGAGGAGGCUACACACGUGGAGUGGAGGGCGGGCCAUGCAGCGUUGGGCCUAUUGAGAAGGAGACGCCUCUGGCUCAGAAGGUUGGUGCUGCCCUCUUUGAUCCUGGUGAUGGACCACAGGAAGCCAAACAGCACUGCUCUGUUCUGUGGUCUCUGGGUUUCCAUUUCCUGGAGGCCCAUGGUCUGUGUGCACUGGAGCAGAGCCAGCCCCUGGGAUGUACCAGGGAAGAGCCCAGUGGGGGAGCUGCCUCGCCCAAGCUGUGACGUGAGAAGAGCCCUGGGGUGGACGGAGGAGAUGUGAAAGUUUGUCCCAAUUGAAUCCAUUUGGUAGCUGAGUGACACUUUUCCCCAUCUACAGACUGAGCAGGUGGGGCUACAGCACGGAUUUUCAGGUGUCAGGGAAGGAAGCAGGUCUGCUCUAGCUGAAGUGAGGAUGGGGGUCCCCAGUCCCCUCACCCCUGCCUGCGAGGCAGUGCUGGAUUCCCAGGUGGCUUACCCUGGGCUGCCUGCAACCAGAGGCUUGCCCUCGCCAGCUCUUUGGCCAGAGACUUUUUUCUUUUAAGCUCCCACAAGGGACAGGCGUGGGCCCUGUGCAGGGUCAAUGUCAAGGGCCUAGAGGAUACUCUGGCUGUUUUAUCCUAAUCAGUUCAUCUCUCCCUCUCUGCUUCCUCGCUGUGGCCCUUGAGAAUGAGGGAGGAGAGGGUUUUCUAUGACUGUGCUAGCUUUUAUUAUCAGCAAGAGGGCUCCUUUUGUAAUUUGUGCAUGAAAUUCAUGUCAUUUCCUGGGGAGAGGAGAGGGCUGACUGGAGAGGGUGGGGGGCACACUCAGUGUGGGGGAAGGCAGACGUUUCCUUCCUUUGUAGGGGUGGGAGAGGAAUGGAGAGAGGGCACCCCCUACUCACCUCAUCAGGGCUCUCAAACCAGCCGUUUUGGGUUGUGUUAAAAGUGGGAACCUUCCUCCAUUAAUGUACAAUCUCGAACUAACUGCUAAUAAAGUGGGGUUCUGUUUGUA